GCGUACGUGAUUAGAUUUUCUUGCAAUCAACGGGCGGACAUCUUGGAUGCGGUAUCCAGUUCUUAUAAUACUUCGAUUUACGUGACAUAUUGAUUCAUUUUGUUAGCUAGGUAGCUAGCUAAGCUAACUACCCACUACGAAUAUUAGAUUGCAGUAAAAUCACAUGCCCUACAGUCUUUUUUGAAAUCAUAACAUAGUAAUGUCUGGAAGCGCAGGAGAAUGGUGUCUUAUGGAAAGUGAUCCUGGUGUUUUCACAGAAUUGAUCAAAGGUUUUGGUUGUAAAGGAGCUCAGGUGGAAGAAAUAUGGAGUAUGGAACCAGAGAACUUUGAAAACCUCAAACCAGUUCAUGGGUUGAUCUUCCUGUUCAAGUGGCAACCAGGUGAGGAGCCAGGAGGAUCUAUCGUUCAGGAUUCAAGGCUUGACAACAUCUUCUUUGCCAAGCAGGUGAUAAACAAUGCAUGUGCUACCCAGGCCAUUGUGAGCGUGCUGCUGAACUGUACCCACUCUGACAUGCUGUUGGGAGAGACACUCACAGAGUUCAGAGAGUUUUCACUCAGCUUUGAUGCAGCUAUGAAAGGUCUGGCUCUCAGCAACUCUGAAGUUAUUCGACAAGUUCACAACAGCUUUGCCAGACAGCAGAUGUUUGAGUUUGACGCCAAGUCUUCAGCAAAGGAUGAGGAUGCGUUCCAUUUUGUGAGCUACGUCCCUGUCAACGGCAGGCUCUAUGAGCUGGACGGCCUACGUGAAGGACCCAUCGACCUUGGUGUAUGCAACCAGGACGAUUGGAUCAACGCAGUUCGGCCAGUGAUUGAGAAAAGAAUACAGAAGUACAGUGAGGGAGAGAUCCGCUUCAACCUGAUGGCCAUUGUGUCCGACAGGAAGAUGAUUUACGAGAGGAAGAUAGCCGAACUACAGAUCCAGCUAACAGAGGAAGAGCCAAUGGACACAGACCAGAGCAGCACCCUCCUCAGCUCCCUCCAAUCAGAAAUCGCAAAGUAUCAGCUGCUGAUCGAUGAGGAGAAUCAGAAGCUCCAACGAUACAAGAUCGAAAACAUCCGACGAAAGCACAACUACCUACCCUUCAUCAUGGAACUACUGAAGACACUGGCAGAAUACCAGCAGUUGAUACCAUUGGUGGAAAAGGCAAAAGAGAAGCAGAGUGCCAAAAAAGUCCAGGAAGCAAAGUGACCCCACAAACACARGCACUUGUCAGUCAUCUUAUUCAUGUGAAAGGCCAUGGACCCUCUCCCCACAAUUGUYUCCUGUGACCCCCGCCAGACACGAGCACAGGCGGUGGGACAGAGAACUGUGUUCACUGUCCCACCCAGGUCUACCCUUCAGCUGUAAUGCAUGCCUGGAAAGAUAUGUUUAAAUGGGCUUGUCUUAUUUUCAUAAUAAAAUGUUUAGAUGUUCAAA